AUCAAAGGUACCGUAGCGGAAGCUCUUAGUUUUAAAAAAAAUUAAAAAAUUAAAAAAAAAGUUUAUCAGAAAUAUAAUAAUAGGCAAAUAUAAUUUGCAUUAAUAGAAACAAAAAAAAUGGUUCCAAAAACAUGUGAUAUAAAUUCUAAUCAUGAAAGCACCUUAACGGCAAUUAAUAAUUCAAUAGAGGAAAAAUCAUCAAUGUAUUUUAAAUCAAAAUUAAAAUGGAAAAUGACAAUCUAUAUUUUACUUCUCCAUAUUAUUGCAUUGUAUUCUUUAUUAACAUUUCCAUAUUCAAAGAAAAAGAGAACACUUCUUUUUUCAAUUUUUAUGAUGUUCAUAGCCGGUUUUGGAGUGACUAUUGGUGUUCAUCGUUUUUGGACCCAUCGAUCUUUUAAAGCUAAAUGGCCACUUCGAUUAAUUCUCCUUUAUUGUUAUUACUCGUGUGGACAAGAAAAUGGUCGCAGUUGGGUGAGAGAUCAUCGCAUUCAUCAUAAAUAUACAGAAACAGACGCAGAUCCACAUAACAGUAAUCGGGGAUUUUUCUUUUCACAUGUUGGUUGGCUUAUGAUGCAUAGACAUCCAGAAGUCAUAAGACGAGGGAAACAAAUUGAUAUGAGUGAUAUUUACGCUGAUCCUCUUGUUGCAUUUGGUGAAAAUUAUAACAGGACAAUAGCUCCAAGUGAAAAUAAAUUUGUUUCCCUCGUUGCAUUGGGUGAGGGCUGGCAUAAUUAUCAUCAUUCAUUUCCAUAUGAUUAUAAAUGCGCAGAAUUAGGAAAAUAUAGUCUUAAUUAUAGUACAUUUUUACUUGAUAUGUUUGCAAAAAUUGGUUGGGCAUACGAUUUAAAACAACCGUCUAAAGAAUUGAUAAUAGCAGUGAUGGAAAAAAAGGGAAAUACCUAUUUAUCUUGAUAGAUAAUGUGUUAUAAGAAAAAGUGUUAAAAAUCAUAUAAUUUUAAAUAUAUACGUUAUUAUGG